AUGCUUUGGUAUGAUCUACGUAGUGCAGAUGAAGAUCUUCCAACUUUGAGUCGUCAGUUAUUUUUAGAUGAGAGCCACUACACUUACUCGCUGCUAGGCUACAGGCUCUCAGUUGCGUCAGGACAAAGGCUGAUUUGGCUGGCCAGAGCCGGACCAAGUAGAGCUGUAACUUGGGGUGAGUCGCCAGCCAACAUAGCCGCCGGCCAAAAUAACCAUGUGAAAGUCGAGCGGGGAACCUUGCCUAUGAGAUGUGAAUACCGCGUCCAAAGGAGCUCGAGUGCUGUACAAUGGCUCGGUCCCUCAUAG